AUGAAGGUCGUCUUGUGCUCAUUGCUGGUUGCUGCUUUGACCCAUGGGGUCGAUGCAAAACUUCACAAUUCCGCCGUGUGCGUGACCGGUAGGACAUCAUCUCCAGUUGGAGGUACUGCAUGGAGUGUCAGCUACAACUGGCAGAAAAACUAUGAGAUCGAUGUCAAGGCAACACAAUGUGCCUGCGACUACUAUAAGCAACGCAACACUGGCAACAACCAAUGGGACAAGUGUGAAGAUUGUACUUUUGAUGGACUUCAAUGUAACUCUGCUGGGUGGCAUAUCGGUGGUGAUGAGAUGGAGUACUAUUGUAGUGAGAAGUGUGGUGCUCAGGGAUCUGAGGCAAACUGA